GCCUGGAGCUCAACUCAACUAACCCGACUGCUGCUUGACUCACCGUUUAUUAACCAGCACCAGUCCGCCGAUUAAUCAUCGGCCUCAGUCUCACACACAACACACACUGACCUUAACUUGAAUAUGAAAGUCAAAAGACUGCCUGUGUCUCUUUAAGUCUGUGUAAAGUAAUGCAGGUCACAUUGGCAGUGCCGUCCAGCAGGGACUAGACAUACAAGUACAGCUUCUGUAAAAGAGGAAAGACUGAAAUCUGUGCUUGUCGAUAUUACAUUUUCAAAUCAUCAAAUCUAACAGCAAUAGUAUCAAAUGUUGCUUCUCUUGUUCUAGGGUAAAUAAAACACAUGAAGUUCCUGAGAUUUCCUGCAAAGAUAGUGGCCCUGAAAACAAUCAAUUAGCAAUUUAUUAACUAACUUCCUAUGACUCAAGUUAGGUCAUCAUGUUUGUUUGCUAGCAUUAUCUUCAUUUUCAUUUGGUAGCUGGUAGUUUUAUUUGGACAAAAUAUAUGUAGAAUAUAUGCUAGAUGCAUUGUAUAAAAAUAUAUUUUUCAAAUAUAAAAUAUUGUUUCAUUUUAAACCUUCAAAUGGAAAAAUAUGUUUCCCUAAAUAUGGAAAAAAAAGUCCUUGAAGUGUCAAGAAGAGACUUCGCAAUCCUAACAUACGUUUUGGCUAAAUGCAAACUAACUUUUUAAAAUAUAUUUUGAGCAAUAUAAACAAAUAUAUACUUUAUACACUAUAUGUGUGUUUGCAUGCGUAUAACAGAUUUUAUAUAUUUUACAUAUUUAUUUAUUUUAUUUAUAGCUGUAUGGGACAGGCGUCUGUUUGACUGCAUGAAUUUCAUUGUUUGCAAUGUGUGUACAUCUCUCCAAACAUGUCCAACACCAAAUAAUUCAUUAAUAUUUCACAUCGCAAUUUUAAGCAGGCUUGAAUUCUCUCAGUGUGACCCGUGUUGCUGCUCGAUGUCUCUCUGUGGUGCUCCACUGCUUGUUGAAUCUGUCAUGGGGUCUAUAUUAUCCUAAACUAAGCCAAAUAAAUGACUUUUCCAGUUGUUUCCAGCUGCCAUGUACACACUUAACUAUAUGUGACCCUGGACCACAAAACCAUAAGGGUCUUUUUUCUUUUUCUUUUUUAAAUAGAGGUUUAUACAUCAACAUUGUUAGGAUCGGACAGUAUUUGUCAGAGAUGCAACUAUUUGAAAAUCUGCAAGCUGAGGGUGCAAAAAAAAAUCUAAAUAUUGAAAAAAUUGCCUUUAAAGUUGUCCAAAUGAAGUUCUUAGCCAUGCAUAUUACUAAUCAAAAAUUAAGUUUUGAUAUAUUUACGGUAGGAAAUUUACAGAAUAUCUUCAUGGAACAUGAUCUCUACUUAAUAUCCUAAUGAUUUUUGGCAUAAAAAAGUGAUCAUUUUGUCACAUAUAACAGCAUGCAAGCUUCAUAAGCAGUUUAAGAUAGCUGAUAUUGCAGACUGAAUGCUCUCCGCUGGCUAGCGGUCAUGAAGAGCAGUUAUUGUAGACCAUAUCUAGAGUUUCAGCUCUGAAGGACGUCUACUGCCCUCAGCUCAUGUGUUUAAUAUCACUGCGAGUGCUGCUAAUAGAGUGGCAAGGGCAUCAGUGGAAACUUUCAGCUCGAAUAUGGGACGCUUACUAAAAAUAUUGUCGUUAGAGUUCACCCUCACAAACAUUUACCAUGGUUUAGCUGUAGUAGCAUACAGUGUUUUGGUAGAAGAUUCAUGGCAAAUAGUCAUGCUAAUAUUAGGAAAGUAAGAUAAUUUCACAAUAAUUUGUAGUAGCCUGCAGUUGCUAAAUGUUUAAGCUAUGCCAUAUUUUUUAUGUUAUAUUCACUUUUACCUGUGGUCAUAAAUAUCCUUUUAAUAUUUACUGUGCAUGAACUAUGGUAAAUUGGAAAUGAGGGGUGUAUGUACUGUAGCUUGUUAGCAUACAUAAGCUAACAAGCUAAAUAUCAAGGUUUAGUAAGUUAUUGUGCUGGAUGAGGGACGUUUUUGAUUAUUUCCGAAACAAAAAUGGUAUUGCAUUGCCAUGUUUGCUUGCACGUUUCUUAACACCACGGUAUAUGAAUGUUAAUCAUCUUUACCAAAGUAUUUAAAUUAUUAUUAAUGUAUAUAGUGUAUAAUAUAUUUUAAAGCAUCCUUAAAACACUUUACUUGUGUAAACUGUUGCCUUUGUUGUAUAUAUAAAAUAAAUAGGAAAUAUAAGUAAACUUUUCUAAAUUAAAUUUAUAUAGGUAUAUAUUAACUAUAUUUUAUAAUAUGUGCAUUUAAGUAAAAAUAAUCAUUGUUUUAUUUUUGUAAUUUAAAAAAUGAAAAAAUUAUGUUUUCCAGAUACAGUAAAACAAAAACAUUCUUAAAAUGUUAUGACAAAAUAGUAAUAAGAAAAUGCAUGUCUGCUGUGGGAAUGUUGUUGCCUUCUAAGCAUUUUUCGUGUGAUUGUGUCAGUUGUUUGUUUGUAUGGAGUUCAUGACUGGAGCUCCUGUAUUCCUCAUCUGUGAACAACAGAUCAAGGAGGAGAAGAAGCCUCCAGCCGCCGCCGCCGCCGCUGCACAGCCUCCUCCUCCUCUCUCCGCCGUCCCGGGAGGAUUCCUCAAACAGCUGGUGAGAGAGACCGAGAAAGAGACGCGCCACAAAGAGCCAGAGCUCAAGGAGGAGAAGACGCCCAGGAAACUCAGCGACAACCUGGUCCAGAACUUCUUACUUCCUGACCAAACUCCACCGAUACUGGAAGCGGAGAUGGCGCUUCGAGCGGAGCAGCUAGUGAACGGGGAACGUGGCCGCCACACUGCACUGACAGAGAAGAAAACAUCCUCUCCCAGGAGGAUAAUGUCACCCGACCCAAAAAAUCAAAAAACCAACUCAAAGUCCACCACUCCAGAGGUCAGCCGGCUGGAGCAGACGCCCAGCCCCAGGACAGAGACAGCGAAAUCUCCAGCACCAUCAACAGAAAAAGAAGUGAAGAAAGAACUAGUAAAGGUGCAACAGGAAGUUAAAGCCCUGAAACAGGAAGUGAAAGAGCCAAGGCAAGAGCCUGAGGGCCAGAUCACUGUAACCCCCAUAAGAGAGAAGCCCAAGGUGUCAGUGAGGGAUGUGUGGUAUGAAGCUGGCAAAGUGUGGUACGCUCACAAAGACGGUUAUACACUCGCCACUCAGCUAAAGCCGGACGAAGGCACACCGGAGCUCCCUGACGGCAGGGUGAGGGUUCGACUGGACUCUGAUGGAUCAGUCCAUGACGUUUCUCAGUAUGAGAUUGAAAAGCUGAACCCACCUGAGCUGGACCUGUGUGAGGAUUUGAGCGACCUCGUGAGCGUGAACGAGUCGAGCGUCCUUCACACUCUGACCAGUCGAGCUAAAGGACAUCUACCCUUGACUCACGCAGGGCCCAAUCUACUGGCUCUGUGGCCUCCGCUGUCCUCGCCAGGCAAGGGGCUUCGGAGCAGACGCUGGGAGUCCUGGGAAGCUCCUGGCCCUCUGCAGGCUCUGGUGAGGAGGGUGUACGUGUCUAUGGUGGGUCAGCGGAGGGACCAGACGCUGGUGGCUUUGGGUCGCAGUGGCACAGGGAAGACCACGUCCUGUCAGUCAUUUUCCCAGGAGCUGCUGAAACAAGCGGGAACAGCGGGAGGAAGCCUUACCUUAGAGCGGCUCCAGGCAGUGUUUACAGUGCUGCGAUCGUUUGGGUGUGUGAGCUCGUCUCACAGCGAGGCCUCGACUCGAUUCGCUAUGGUUCUCUCACUGGACUUCAACCAUGCCGGACUCGCUGCUGCCGCACAUCUGCAGACCAUGCUGCUGGAGAAAUGGAGGGUGUGUCAGAGGCCGGAGGGAGAGAGUAACUUCCUGGUUUUCUCCCAGAUGCUCGCAGGCCUCAGCACAGACAUGAGGACUGAACUGCAGGUGCACCAGUUAAAGGAACACAACACAUUUGGAAUUUCAUGCCCAAACAAGGUGGAUGAAAAGCAGAGAGCUUCAGUGGGUUUUGGGAAGCUGCUGGCCGCCAUGAACACUUUAGGAUUCUCAGCGGAUGAGCAGAAGGCCAUUUGGCAUGUUUUGGCAGGAAUCUACCAUCUCGGCGUUGCAGGAACAUGCAAGGUGGGCCGUAAGCAGUUUAUGAGUUUUGACAGCGCACAGACGGCCAGCGCCAUCCUGGGUUGUGAGGGAGAGGAGCUCCACACUGCCGUCUUCAAACACCACCUGAGGCAGUUACUGCAGAGAGCGACCGGAGGCGUCAGAGAGCGCCGCGCCGCAGAGGAACCAGAGGACGGUCCGAGACUGAGUGCCGCUCAGUGUGUGGAAGGGAUGGCGGCUGGUCUGUACGAGGAGCUCUUCACCUCUAUUGUGUCUCUCAUCAACAGAGCGCUGCACUCUCAGCAGCUGACGCUGGCCUCUGUGAUCGUGGUGGACACUCCGGGCCUGAGGAACCCCAGACACAGCGGUGACGACCGGGCCGCCGGCUUCUCUGAGCUCUGUCACAACUACUUACAGGAGAGACUGCUGGAGCAUUACUUCAACCACACAUUCACACACACGCUGGAGAGAUACACACAGGAGGGAGUAGCUGUUGAUUUCACAGCCCCUGAGACGAGCCCGUCAGAAGCGGUGUGUGCUGUUGACCAGCCUGGACUGCAGGUUCGAGGGCCAGAAGGCGACUCUCGAGGACUCCUGUGGGUUCUGGAUGAAGAGAUGAUCACUCCGGGCUCCACCGAGAGCACGGUUCUGGAAAGAGUGUGUCAGUACUUCAGCGGCACAGUGCGCCAGUGCGAGCAGCCUCUGCAGUGUGAGAUCGCUCACCUGAUGGGUUCAGAUCCAGUCCGCUAUGAUCUCUCAGGCUGGUUCGGUCAGGUCCAGAACAACCCGUCUGUCCUUAACGCCAGUUCCCUCCUGCAGAACUCCUCAAUUGGAGCGGUGAAGGCCCUGUUCAGUGGGCGGGCGUCUGUGCCGCCUCUGUGCCGGGGUUUGGGUGGCGUGGAGGGUGGCUCUCAGCGCUCUCUGGAGAGAUGCGGCACGGUGCGGAAGACUCUGAGCGGCGGGAUGGCGGCCCUCAGGAGACAUUCGCAGUGCAUCGCCGUCAAACUGCAGGCGGAUGCCCUGGUGAAUCUGAUUCGGCGAGCGCGGCCGGUCUUCCUGCAGUGUUUGAGUGUGAAGACAGAUGGCUGUGGCUUUGAUGUCCCAGCACUGCGUGUACAGCUGCACUCCACACACCUGCUGCCGGCGCUGCAGCUGUACCGAACAGGCUACCCUGAGCACAUGUCCCUGGGUGAUUUCCGCUGUCGUUUUCAGGCCCUCUCUGCUCCCAUAAUGAAGCGAUACGGUUCUGUCUUCAUUACCCCAGACGAGAGGAAGGCUGUAGAGGAAUUAUUGAUUGAUCUGGAUUUGGACAAGAAAAGCAUUGUUUUAGGAGCGAGCAGGGUGUUUAUGAAGCGUGGUGUCCUGAGGUCUUUAGAUCAGCAGAGAGAUCAGUUGUUGAGUGGCUGGCUGGUGCAGCUUCAGGCGUCCUGUCUGGGUCAUUUGGGCCGCCAGAAAUACCGCCGUAUGAAGGUUCAGCAGAUGGCCGUGAGCUGUAUUCAGAGAAAUGUGCGAGUUCUCACCGCAGUGGCCCGCUGGAGCUGGUGGAAGCUGCUGUGCAGAGUGCGCCCCCUUCUGGAUGUCAACAUGGAUGACCAGCGACUCAGAUCUAAAGAGGAUGAGAUCACUGCUCUUAGGAGACGUCUGGAAAAGUCAGAGAAAGAACGAAAUGAGCUGCGUCAGACUGCAGACAACCUGGAGACCAAGGUUACGGCUGUUGUAUCUGAAUUAAGUGAUGAGAGGUUCAGAGGGGAGGCCAUGAGUCAAGCUCUAGACACUGAGCGCACGGAGAGACUGCGCCUCGCUAAAGAGAACAAGGAACUGCAGAGUCGUGUGGACCAGAGUAAAGGGUCUUUGGAGGCCCUCGAGAGGCAGUUAGAGGAAGAAAAACAGAAAGUCAAGAAUAAAGAAGCUCUCAGUGGAGUGGCGACAGAAAGUGAGCUGCAGCUGCAGCUGGAAUGUGCGCAGACGGAGGUGGAGUUCCUGCGCAGGCGCCUGCGGCAGUCUGAGGAAAGACUGGAGGGUGAGAAAGAGGCCCGUCAGCUGCUGGAUACAAAGGUCCAGGAACUGCAGUCUCAGCUUGAUCAAUCCAAACGCUCAGUGACAGAGCUAAAACGCCACUGCCGGCGGUUGACCUCUGACCUUCAGGAUGCCCGAGUGCUGACAGACAGCCUGCAGGGCCGCGCUCACGAGCUGGACAGGAAACAGAGGAGGUUUGACAGCGAACUGACCCAGGCACUGGAAGAGGCUGAUAAUGAGAGGGAGCAGAAGGAUAGAGCCAUCCAGGAGAAUACCGCCCUCGGUGCAGAGAUCUUCACCCUUCGCAAGACGCUCAAGGAGAGUCAGGUGGAGGUCACGCACCUGCAGCAGCAGAAGGAGGAACUGUGUGCUCAGAUCCGUGACCUGAGCAUCCCGCUCCACCUCACCUCUGACUCUAUCCCUGAACUGAAGAAGAAGCUCCGUGAGCUGGAGACCAGAGACAAGGAGCGCUCAGAGGAGAUCAGCCAGAUGACUGCCAGAAUCAAACAGCAGGAGCAGAUGCACCUGCGCUUUGAGAUGGAGAUGGAGAGGAUGAAGCAGAUCCAUCAGAAGGAGCUGGAGGACAAGGAUGAGGAACUGGAGGACGUGCAAAAGUCCUCACAGAGGCGGCUCCGACAGCUGGAGAUGCAACUGGAACAGGAAUAUGAGGAAAAACAGAUGGUGGUUCAUGAGAAGCAUGACUUAGAGGGGCUGAUUGCCACACUGUGUGAACAGGUGGGCCACAGAGACUUUGACGUGGAGAAGAGGCUGAAGCGGGAUCUGAAGCGCACACAUGCCCUGCUCAGUGAUGCCCAGCUGCUGCUGUCCACCGUUGAACAGCCCGGGCAGGGUCACGACCCCGGUGCCAAGGAGCAGCUGGAGAGACUGCGCUGCCAGCUGGAGGACAGUGAAGCCAGACGGUUGGAGUCUGAAAGCUCACAGAAGACUCUGGCUGCAGAGCUGGAAAACGCUCAGAUUGAACUGGAGAGCAUCUGCAAGCAGAAGAGCCUGGUGGAUGAGCAGCUGGCUCAGCUAUGCUACGAGAGGACGGACCUGAUGAAGAGGCUGGAGGAAGACCAGGAGGAUCUCAACGAGCUGAUGAAGAAGCACAAAGCCCUCAUUGCUCAGUCUUCCAGUGAUAUCUCUCAGAUCCGAGAGCUUCAGGCUGAAAUGGAGGAGCUGAAGAAACAGAGACAGACCCUGCAGGAGGAGCUGCAGACCAGCGUGGCACGCGUGCAGUUUCUAGAGUCGUCCACGGUGACCCGCAGCAUCGUAAGCAAGCAAGAAGCUCGUAUCUGUGAUCUCGAGAACAAAUUGGAGUUCCAGAGAGGGCAGGUCAAGAGGUUUGAGGUGCUGGUUCUGCGUCUGCGGGACAGUGUGGUGCGGCUGGGUGAGGAGCUGGAGCAGGCGGCCCAGGCCGAGGCCAGGGAGAGGGAGAACUCCCGAUACUAUCAGCAGAGACUGGCGGAUAUGAAACUGGAAAUGGACGACCUGAGCAUCAGAGAACAAGAGAGCAGCCGUCGACGCAUGGAGCUGGAAAUGCAAGUGGAAGAGCUUAGCGCCGUAAGACAGACCCUGCAAGCUGAUCUAGAGACAUCAAUCCGGCGAAUCGUUGAUCUACAAGCCGCGCUGGAGGAGGUGGAGUCCAGCGAUGAAAGUGAUACAGAAAGUGUGCAGACGGCUGUGGAGUCCUUCUCUAGAAGGAAAGAUCUCGACACCAUGUCCAGCGUCGGAUCCAGUGUGGGCACUGAAGACAUCGGUGAAGGUAUCCGUCAGUGGGCAGGUGUACCGCGAGGAGGACGAGGAGGCAGAACUUCUCCCUACGCAGGAAGCAGCUCCGGACGCCAGUCUGUUACCGACACCAUGAGCACCUACAGUUUCAGAUCUUGCACGCAAGACCUUGACGAAGACGUCAAAGAAAGUUCCAGUGGUCUUGGCAGAGCGUCAUCAUCCACGGCCCUAUCUGAGCUCCUGGAGGGUCUGAGGAAGAAGCGCGCUGGGUGGGAAAGAGGCUCGGAGGUGGGCGAGGGGAGCGCAGUGUCCCUUCCCAUUUAUCAGACGACAGGGGCCUCCACGCUACGCCGCAGGUCCUCAGGGCUGUCUCUAGAAGCAGAGGAGGGUCUGGAGGACCUGCCUCGACCUGGCAUACUGAAACCUCCCAGUCCGCACCUGCCUCGUGCCUCCAGCCUCCGCUCCUUAUCCGAGUCAGGCCCAACGUCCUCCACCACCACAACCACCACAGGAAAGAUUAACCGCUUCAGCUCCUGCGACUCCCUUGCAUCCGUGACCUCCACCGCAAGUUCCCGCCGCCACUUGUCCAACCUGGCCAUCCCUGAGGAAGGCGAGGAGGAGCCCAGCUCGAAAGCCAUGCCUCCUCUUGGCACCUAUCAACCAAUCCGACGCCGUGGCCUGGUGGCGGAAACAGGAGAGCCGCAAUUGGGAUCGGAACCACUUGUGUUCCAGAAUCGCAGACUCCUCGGGAAUCAAGACAAGGAGAGGGCCGGAGUCGAUGCGGGGGACACCAGCUCAGACAUUCUCCCAGCCAUCCGACGAGCGCAGUCCACCAGCAGCCUGGCAUCUAGCGGUUCCCGAACGGGCCAGAGACGAGCCCUCAGCGUGCACUUUGGGGAGUUGCCGCCCUCCAGAGCGUCACGUAGGGAGUCCGACUCGGAUUCUUCAAGUUCUGGCGGAUCUCAGAAGCGCCGAGGGCCUCAAGGAGAGAGGCUGGAAGCCGAGGGCAGCGAGGACGUCAACUCGGUGAUGAAGAAGUACCUCAAAAAAGCAGAAGUCGACUAGAAGACUCAACGAGGAUAGAUGAAGACAUGGGGAAUCGUCUCUGUCCAGAAUGCAUUGAGGCACAUUUAACUGGAAGCACAAAUACACUGAUGAUUUAUUUUGAGCACUGUUUGUACACAAAUAAAGAUGUUAAAGCGAACGCUUGCAAUUCCUAAAAUU